AUGCUCAAAGCCAUUGUUACCUCCGAUGCUACAACUACAUAUUUGACAAAUGUUACUGUUAACUCGGACGCCACAUUCAGUGGAUCUGUUGCUCUUUACAAUGGUACUCCUAAACGUAUGAUCGGUUACACCACCAUCAAAGGUGUACUCAGCAACCCAUUCAACUUAAUCAUUAUCUACAAUCCAGCACCCUCAUUACAUUUCCCAGGAUCCACAGAUUACUAUAACCUAGUGUCUUGUUCAAAAUCUUUGAAGUAUGAGGAGAGCGAUGACACCUUGACCUCCACUGGUUUCGAGAAACAACCAGCAACCAAGAAUAUAGAAGUACCUGAGGAUUUCGUUUUUGUCACACAAUAA